AUGUCUGAAUUGGGUUUUCCUGAUAAAUUUGUGAAGUGGAUAAUGCAAUGUUUAAAUACUGUGUCUUACUCUAUCCUGGUUAAUGGCUCUCCUUCUACCCCUAUUCAAGCUAAGAAGGGGCUCAGAGCUGAUAACCCCUAUGUUACGGCUAUGUUUAAUGCCUUCACAAAAUUCUCAGAAGCUUCUGGUCUGAUGGCAAAUUUGCAUAAAAGUGAAGUUUAUGUUGCAGGAGUAUCAGAUUCCUUUGCUGAGAUACUCUCUACUAAACUAGGUAUUUUGAGGGGGUCUUUUCCCUUCAAAUAUUUGGGUGUUCCUCUCACCAAAAGGAAGUUGAGCUAUGCAGAAUGUAAACCCUUAAUUGGGAAAACUGUAGCAAGAAUUCAAAGCUGGUCAGCUAAACUUCUAUCCUAUGCAGGCAGGCUUCAGCUUAUCAAGUCUUUUUUGUGUGGGAUUCAGCUGAAAGCUCCUGUUGCUUGGGAUCAUGUUUGCCUCCCAAAAAGCUGUGGUGGUUGGAACCUAAAAGAUCUCACCGUAUAA